GGUAGUGGUCGUGGUUAUGUGCUGCUUGAAGACGCAAGUGCUUCCUCCAGAGCUUCCCCGCGGCUAGGCUUAGUGACAAUUUUUUUUGCUUAUUUAUCAGUCAAGCUCACCGUGGGUGACCCAUUUCUGUUUGUGCAUGAUAAUACCGCAAACUAGUUUGAAAGGUGAGCCUAAUCUGCUCUGAACAUAAUAGGGACACGAGAUUACAAUGCCAUCCCCAAUGGAGGGAUCUUCAAGAGAAGGUGACCUGUUUACUGUGAAACACGAGCUGAAAAAUGCCAACCUGACAGGCCACAUUGAGAGGGUGGGCAUUGAAAACUUUGAGCUACUAAAGGUGCUGGGCACAGGAGCGUACGGGAAGGUGUUCCUGGUGAGGAAGGUGAGCGGCCACGAUGCCGGGAAGCUCUACGCCAUGAAGGUGUUGAAGAAGGCGACCAUCGUCCAGAAAGCAAAGACGGCCGAACACACGCGGACGGAGCGGCAGGUGCUGGAGCACAUCCGCCAGUCUCCGUUCCUCAUAACGCUUCACUACGCCUUUCAGACCGACACCAAGCUGCACCUCAUUCUCGAUUAUGUAAACGGGGGGGAACUUUUCACGCACUUGGUGCAGAGGGUGCGGUUUAAGGAGCAAGAAGUAGCACUGUACAGCGGAGAAAUUGUCUUGGCACUAGAACAUCUACAUAAGCUUGGAAUCGUCUAUCGAGACCUAAAACUGGAGAAUAUUCUACUGGAUUCAAACGGUCAUAUAGUUCUGACAGAUUUUGGCCUGAGUAAAGAAUUUGAUCAGGUUGAGAGGGCUUUCUCUGUUUGUGGCACUGUUGAAUACAUGGCUCCAGAAAUAGUUGAAGGAGGAGAUUCCGGACAUGACAAGGCGGUGGACUGGUGGAGCCUUGGUGUGCUAAUGUACGAGCUCCUGACGGGCGGAUCGCCCUUCACCGUCGACGGAAAUGAAAAUUCCCACUCGGAUAUCGCCAAGAGGAUUUGCAAAAAGGAUCCUCCUUUCCCCAAAGACAUGGGACCGCUGGCCAAAGACCUGAUCCAACGACUCCUCGUCAAAGAUCCAAAGAACAGAUUAGGAUCCGGUCCUAACGGAGCAGAGAACGUGAAGAAACAUCCGUUUUAUCAGAAAAUCAACUGGGAGGACUUGGCAGCGAAGAAGGUACCUGCGCCUUUCAAGCCGGUGAUUCGGGACGAGCUGGAUGUCAGUAAUUUUGCUGAGGAGUUCACAGAAAUGGACCCCACUUACUCCCCCGCAGCGCUGCCUCAGAACUGUGACCGCAUUUUCCAGGGAUACUCUUUCAUGGCCCCCUCCAUCCUGUUCAAGAGGAAUGUGGUGAUGGACGACCCCAUCCAGCUGUGUGGCGGCUUCGAGAGGCCGGGCUCCGCCGCCGUGGCCCGCAGCGCCAUGAUGAAGGACUCCCCUUUCUACAUGAAUUAUGAGAUGGACCUGCAGGACAGCGCUCUGGGAGAGGGCAGCUUCUCCAUCUGCCGCCGCUGCACGCACAAAAACACCGGACAACAAUACGCAGUCAAGAUAGUCAGCAAGCGGAUGGAGGCGCAGACUCAGAGGGAAAUAGCGGCCUUGAAGCUCUGCGACGGCCACCCGAACAUUGUGAAGUUGCAUGAAAUUUACCACGAUCAGCUCCACACAUUCCUGGUUCUGGAACUGCUCGGUGGAGGAGAGCUGCUGGAGAGAAUCCGGAGGAAGCAGCACUUCAGUGAAACAGAGGCCAGCCGCAUCAUGCGCAAACUGGUGUCUGCUGUCAGUCACAUGCAUGAUGUAGGAGUGGUGCACAGGGACCUGAAGCCAGAGAACCUGCUCUUCACAGACGAGAGUGAGAACUCCGAGAUAAAAAUCAUAGACUUUGGCUUUGCGCGUCUAAAACCGCCAGACAAUCAGCUGCUGAAGACUCCCUGCUUCACCCUGCAGUAUGCUGCCCCAGAGAUCCUCAAAUAUAACGGCUAUGAUGAGUCCUGCGACCUGUGGAGUCUGGGGGUCAUUCUGUACACCAUGCUGUCUGGACAGGUGCCUUUUCAGUGUCAGGAGAAGAGCCUGAUCCACACCAGCGCUGAGGAGAUCAUGCACAAAAUCAAGCAGGGGGAUUUCUCUUUUGGAGGCGAGGCCUGGAGAAAUGUGUCCCAGCAGGCUAAAGACCUCAUACAAGAGCUGCUGACAGUGGACCCAGACAAGAGGAUUAAGAUGUGCGGCCUCCGUUACAACGCCUGGCUCCAGGACGACAGCCAGCUGUCCUCCAACCCACUCAUGACCCCCGACAUUCUCGGCUCCUCCACUGCCUCCGUCCACACUUGCGUCAAAGCGACCUUUAAUGCUUUCAACAAAUGCAAACGGGAAGGUUUCCGCCUACAGACGGUGGACAAGGCGCCGCUGGCCAAGAGGAGGAAAAUGAAAAAGACGAGCACCAGCACGGAAACGCGCAGCAGUUCCAGCGAGAGCACCCACUCCUCCUCCUCCUCUUCGCAGUCUCAGGAGAAGACGCUAACGGAGGGCGAGCCCAAUCCGCCGCCUUCCAACAGCCCCCCCGUCAAAACGCCGGGCGUCGAAGAGACGGACUGCGGAGACCAGAACGCACUGUCGGCCUUUCGCUUCUCGGAAGGACAGUGAGGCGGCAGGCGACGGAUCCGGACUCAGUUUUUGGUCGACGGACCGUGGAGUCGGACCCGCGCGACGACUCGGUCUCCGCCUCCAGCUCCGUUGCAUGGACGUCUGCAUGUCACCAGAACCGAGCAUGCAGCAGGAGCAGCAGCUUGCACCGUAAUAUCAAUCAAUCAAUCAAUCAAUCACCAUUAGCAAUAGCCUCUCUUUUCUUUUCUUUUUCUCUGACUUUCACACUUCCUCUGUUAUCAAUCAGGGUCUGGACCAGGCAGAAGUUGUCAUUGUUGUCUUAAGGGCUGCCCCACCGUCCCCGGUCCAGGAAGACGGAAGGGAGGGACGUCUUUACUGUCGUUAUUAAAAAAGCGAAACAAAAAACCCCCCAAAACAACGUCGGUCCUCUCCUCGUUCUUUGUAUCUGUCCGUGUCUAGGUGUUUUUUUUUUUUUGUUUGUUUGUUUUAAAGGGAAACCUGUAGUAUUUAAACCGCGGAUGCUUUGUAAGGGAGGAGACGACGCGAAACAAAACCUUGGGUGAAAUCGCGUCCAAGAGGUGGGGCUUUUAUUUAUAUGUGAAUUUUAGACUGUAAUCUAUUUAUCAUAAGCUAUAUUGUUAACUUAUUAAUGGUUCCAAAUGAGCCUGAAUAGAAAUAAUGGAUUCAUGCGAGUGUUAAAAAAAACAAAAAAACAGAUAUUUUUGUGUAAGUACGGUUCUUUAUCUGCAGAAAACAUGGUGGGUUUUGUAGACAUGACUGCAGCUGGCUGGUUAUUAACAGUCAUGUAGACUUUAGUAUCACGGACGCAAAGGGAAAAAAACAAAACAGCCGACGGUGUUGAUGAUUGUUAAAAUGAAAAAUGUAUGCAUAAAAGAUUAAAGAAGCAAACAUGUGAGCAUUUUAGCCCAAUGUGUUUUGUAGUUUCUGCGAGAAGCGAAGCAUUUCUCGUGACCCUGAGAGCAGAGCUGAGUUUAGAGUUGUCGCUCCCUCUGAUGUGGAACUACUUUAAAACUUAAAAUGGCCACUUCUCUAGCACGGUCCAGUCCUCGGGGUCAGCAGCGGUUAGCGCAGCGGUGGGUUUUCCUUGGGUCGCGCUGCCUCAAAAAAAAAAAUUUAAAAAAAUGUAAUUGCGUCCUUCCCACUACAGUCAAUUAGAUCUUUGGGAGAAUUCAGAUCCGCUCGAUGUGAGAUGAAGUAGAGCUUUCUCUGAUUGACGAUUGAAACGGGCGAUUUCAAGUGGUCUCCCGUUCAGAAAUAACGAAAUGCAAUUACUUUGUAACGGGAAGGUGGUUUUCGUUUUGUGUGUGUGUGUGUGUGUGCCAAAAUUGCAGCCGAAUCAAGUAAUGUCCGGUUUCCAGCUACGAGUGCAGAGGUGGGGAUAUUUCAGGAGUCUGCAGGGCAGCAAAGUCAUGUUGCUUUCUUGGAAGUCUUCAAACCUUUUUUGUUCUAACAGCGACAAUAAAAAGUAUUCACCCGUCUAGGAUGUUUUUUUUUCUUCUCUUUUUACCAUUUUUACUGCUUUGUUAAAUCAUUAAUUUUUUUUCAGUUAUUUGACAAAAAAAAAACUUAGUCUCAAAAGUGAAAACUGAUUUUGAAAAUUGUCCUCCAGGAUUUCUAUAUGCUUUACCUUCUACCUUUAAGGUGCGAUCACACCAAGCGCGUUUCACGCGUCUGGUUUGAAUGUAAACCAGACGCGGGCCCUUCGCGGGUCGUGUCGCGCGCGACUCGAAGCAUUUGGAGCGUUUGACUCAUCCGACAAAUAGGCCAGCGACGGAAAUCAACGGCUAGAGCGAUUUUGACGCGGCUGACGCACCUCAACGUAGAUUUUGUUGAGGUGCAGAGACGUGCCGCAUCAGGCACUCACCUCCGCGUUCUCCGCAUCAGACGUGCCUGAUGCGGAGAAUGCUAGGUGUAGAGCAAAAAUGUCAAGCAUCCGCAUUCCAAGUGCACACGCGUCGAACUUGAAGCGUCGGACGCGUUUUUGACGUGCACAACGUGCCGUUACGAGCCAGGCUGGGAUCAGAGCAUGGCGCCAUGUUCCUUCCAUGUCUCCAUGAUGGAUUGAAUUAAACUCUAGGGGAAGUACAGUGCCUAAGAGUUUUUUUUGGUUACCAUCUUCUGACUGAUACGUCUUAAAAUAUUUUCAGAUUUGCUUGUAAUUUUUUAGCCUUCAUGCUGUUGUGGUAGCCAGGUGUCUUUAUAUUGCAGUCACUUGAAACAAACUCACUUCACUCCAUGUGAUUUCUAUUCCACUAAUCAUAAUAGUACUACCAACUGCCUGGACCUAAAUUAAAUUAAGCCGAGUCACUUUAAACCAAGUGAAUAUUUAUUAAAUCACUUGUUUUAUGUUAAAUACUUUUAUUUAGUUAUUUAAUUGUAGAAACCAGUUUUCACUUUGCGGUUAUAGGAUUUUUUUUUUGUGUGUGUGUGAAAAAGAAAUAAUUUUUUUUUGCUCAUGAUUGAUUUGCAAAAGCGAUAAAGAGGUAAAAACAUCCGAGGGCGUGAAUACUUUUUAUAGGCACUGCAUGUCUGACUCGGCUCGUUCUUCGUCUCUGAUGCUGCCCUUGCUCCAUCUACCGUGUGUGAAAUAAGGAACCAUGCAGACAUUCGGUUAGUCCUAAGUUUCUAGUGCAUGGUAUAAUGUGAACUGAAACAUGAACCACUUUUAUCCUUUUUUUUAUAUUUAUGGCCUUUGAGUCAGAUUCCUACUUGAUUCAGUGUGAGUUUGUUUACUUUCACAUUAGAGGGCCUCGAUUCAAUUUGGGACUUUCAAGUUUUACUCCUUUGAUACGUUAUAAAUGUACCAAACUCGUUCUUUUUAACGAAGACGCACCGAUUGAGCUUCGACCUACCGACGCCAAUUUUAGUCGACGACAGUUUCUCUUUAUGAGACGUUUUUGUAGCUUUCCUGUCGUGAGGGGUCUUUAAGGUUUUCUAUUAUUUCAAAACGAGACUAAUUGAUUUCUGAUUUGAAAUGCUAAUGCUUUUUCGCAUCUGACAUUAGGGAUUAGCAUGGCUUCUGAGAACGUAGAGCCUCUUGAGAUUUCUAGAAGGCUGCCAGCAUUUUCAACUCCAACAUUUCCGUAACAGAAAGAGGUCAAAAACUCAGAAAGGUCAGCCUUCCUGCAAGACUUUCUGAAAGUAUGGUUUAAAGCUGGUGUGGUGUGUUCACUGCCUUGUAAAAAGGUGAGAUGUUUGAGAUGUUCGGUCAGAGCCGAUAAAGCUAAAAAUGGUUUGAUUUCGGUCGCUCGGUGCAUCUCUACUUUUCUCCCUAUGGAGAUAUUCUGACGUCCCAGUGUUCUAGUCGGUAUAGUUUGACAGUUUUUAAUGCCGUGUCGUGUUAGUUGUUAUGUCUCUCUUUCUACUACUUACUGAUAUAUCGUAUUUUGUUGAUUUUUUAUAUAUAUAUAUAUAUAUACACAGGAGGUGGGAUGUGAAAUCGAAGUCCUGAGCUUGACUACUGUGUCCACUCAAACACUCAUUCACCAUCUUCCAUUUUAAUGCACUCUGACUCCGAACCAAAGCAUUAACUUUUAAGGUAGCUACCGCUUUAAGCUGCAUGAAAACUGUUUCCUUUCAUGCAAUUAUGCAAAGAAGUGCUUAAUUUUUUAUGUUCGAAAUGUUCAACAUUACUAUUAUUACAAUGUUUGUUUGUUUUUUUUUACAGUUGACUUGUUUCUUUUUUCCCCCCCAUCAGCACACCCUCAUGCCUAAAACUAUGCACCUCUUUUCACCCGUGUGUCGCUUUUGUCCUUUAAAAAAAAUAAAAAUAAUAAUAAUAAUAUAUAUAUAUAAAGAGAACGAAUCAAAUGGGUUCAAACAUAAAAGGGUGUAGCACAAUGUACAUGUACUGUGUCUAUUUAUUUACUUUUUUUCGUUUUUCAUCCGAUAGCAUCAACCAUAAACAUAGAAGCGGGGUGGGGAUCCGUUGCCCUUAAAAAAGACAAAAACAUCUGGAAUCCUUGAAACUAAACACUACAAAGCUCUCGUCUAAGUUAGCUCGCAUGAGUUCCCCGCUGCUGCCUCAUUAAGCCUGUUCUUUUGUUUGGGUGUAUUAAUAGCUCAAGUGGAGGAAGAGGAAGAGUGUCCUAUAUUGUGCUCUCCUCUGGGAGCCGUGCUCUAUUAACUGAUGCGCUGCGCUGCUGUUUGCUCCGGAGAAAAUACCGUGCUCCACUCCGCGUCUCUGUGGGACCAAGCUUCCCUUUCUUAGCAGGGGAACAGAUCAGUGAAGCACAUUAAAGGGCCGGUUUGGCUCCAGGGUCUCCCGGGGACGACUCUCCCUCCUCCCCCUCGUUUUGACGAGCGCCAUGUUUGAUGUCCUGCUAUGGAAGAGAGAGAGAGAGGGAUGCGUUAGUCUGAAUUUGCAAGUUUAAUGAAAUUUCUCCCUCUUCCUCCAUUUUGAAGUUGAAACAUCACACCUGAUGGAAUUAAUCCUUUUUUUUUUUUUAAGAAUUCAAACACUGUUUGUGUCAGCAGAGACAGAGGUCACAUGUUUUGUUGCUAAAGUGACUUUUUUUUGGAGCGUAUCUAUUAUUAUUUUUUUUAAUCACCAAAAGCACGGCUUCUCUUGUACACCGUUGGGGCCAAGUCUGCUUUUAUUUUAUUUAUUGUAUUUUUAAAAAAAAGAAAAAAGAUUUUAUUUCUUUGAACAGCGGCGCUGAAGUGCCCAAACCCAUUUUGAUGUUUUAAAAACGACGCGACCCUUUAAUGAAGCGAUUCUCCUGCCAGGAGCACUUGAGGAAAGACUGCAGUAGUAUUUCUAGUUUUGCCUCAGGAAAAAAAAAAAAGAGGAAAAAAAAGAAAAGAGGUGUGGGGAGGGAUUUCAGAAUGGAAAGAGGCUUAUCUUGUGUGUGUAUUUAUUGAUAUUGUCUAUAAUAAGGGAACCGCUUUUAUCAACCUGAGUAUGUUACAGCUUCUUUGACUGAAAUUUAUCGAAAUAUUCUCAAUAAAUGUCUGUUUAUGUCAGCAGCUUUGCAGUUUUUUUUGUACUGAAAGUAAUGUAAUGUUUAUUCUCAUUUAACUGACAAGGCGGAGUAGUACAAAUUUUUAUAUAUUUUUUUUUGGUGGCUGUCGAUGUACAUUAGAGAAAAAAAAAAGUUUAACAGAUAACAGAGGUCAAGGUACCUUGACAAUUUAUUUUUCAGACGUCGUUGGCUUAAAAUGACUCUCUACGUCAUAACUCGACGCAAAAGCAGCCAUAUGGGAAGUGCGUACAUGGAUUCUGACCUCUUCCAGGAGAUUAUUGUGACAUGAAUUGUAUUUUCAUUUUCAUUUUUUUCUUUUUUGAAUUGAGAAGUUUGUAGAUUUGCAUGUGUAGUUUGGCAGAAUGCGUGGCGUUGGCACCAUUUUUUGUCACGUUGCGUGUGAUUCCGGUUUCUAUUUUUCAGCGUCGACGGGUCAAAACGUGGCUACUGUAGCAGCAGAUCCUUUUGAAGCGGAGCAAUUGUGCGAUCACAAAAGAAACAAGACCAAGCUUUAAGGACAAAAAAAAAACAAAAACAUGUGCUUUCAGUAAUUUAUUUAUUUUUUUAUAUGUAAGAGUAAGAAACGACCUAUCCCCCUUUACAGUCGUUUAUCUGUCUGUUCCUGUUCAUGGCUGUUGUUCUGUAAUCUAAACCUCAAUAACAGUACUUUUACCUGAUACAUGACUAUACUAUCUAUUUUGUAGAGCACUGUGGAGAUCCUCUUUUUUUCAGGUGGCAUCGGUUACUUUAACUGACCGGGUAACUGACCAGGGGGAACCUUAAUUUUCUUCAAUAAAAAGCUUUUUACUGGC